AAGCACCAAUUCGCAACUCACAACUCACAGGCCCUCGUCUCAUUCCGAGCCGAUCUUUCCCCAUGGCUCUAGCGUGUGCAUCUCAGGUGCGCCGCCUUCUCCUGUCCAGGGCCGGAGCUCCGGCGAGAUUCUUCCACCUCCAGCCGUACCAAGCCAAGGUCGGCGCGGUGGUUUUCCUGAAUGGGGUAGGGAAGGGAGUGGAUACGCACGCCGCGAAGGUUGAGGAGGCGGUCGGCGGCGACCUGCUCAAGACCCGCGAGCUCCCACUCAAGAAGGCCGACGCCCCCUGGAAGAAUGUGCCUCGUCGACGUUCCAAGCGUUCCUUUAAAAAGGUGAUUUCGAGUUUUGUUCACUGGAAGGCACCAGCAGAAACCAAGAGAGUGCAAUGAAGCUAUGAUGUGUCCACUUUGGAAACAAUCUGCUGUUAUUUUCCCCCAUGUCUGGAGCAUUGAUUUGUUGUGGUGCAACUUCAAUGCCAGAAGCUGAAUAAAAUGGUCUGACCAGGAUUUUUCUGGUUAUUAUCUCUCGAUCCCAUCUUCUAGGCCUUUUGCUAUUUACAUGUCAACCACAAAACCUGCCAAUAAAAUUACCUCUUGAUGGUUAUUGUUA